AUGAAUUUUUUCUCUAAGAAACCAAGUAGUGCCUUUACUUCAUAUUUCUCGAACGAAGAAGAAGGUCUACAUUCUCCAAAUAAGAAAUAUAUUACAAAAUAUUUGACUUCAAAAAUUUUUGAUGUAUUCUAUCGUUGUUCUCCUCGCCUUACUGAUCCUACAACAGGGAUGUCCCCAUUAUACUUAACUGCUCCAUCUAUCCCUCGUCAUAAUAGUAAUUAUGAUAAUGAGAAUUAUGACUUAAUAGUUAAACUUAAUGAUGUCCUUGGAAGUGCCACAUCUUUUGAAGGGCCAUAUUAUUCUGCUAAUCCUGAUACUGUUUCAAGAUAUAAAAUUACUGAUCGUCUUGGACAAGGGAUGUUUGGACAAGUAUUUAAAGCUCGAGACCUUAUGAAAAAUAAAGAUGUUGCCAUUAAAGUAUUACGUUCAAAAUUUUCAUAUUUUAGACAAGGAAUGUUAGAAGUAGCUAUGUUAUCAUUGUUAAAUGAUGCAUAUGAUAAAGAUGGAUCAUCAAAUACAGUGAGAUUAGUUGAUCAUUUUCUAUAUCAUUCUCAUCUUUGUAUUGUUACUGAGUUAUUAGGAAAAAAUUUGUAUCAAGCUAUUCAAGCAAGAAAUUAUAAAGGAUUUCCUGUUAAUAUUAUUAGAAAUUAUAUGAAAUCAUUACUUCAAUGUUUAUCAGUGUUAGAAGAUGCAAGUAUUGUUCAUUGUGAUGUUAAACCAGAAAAUAUGUUACUUGAUCCAACAUCAAAGAAGGUCAGAGUGAUAGAUUUUGGUUCUGCAUGUUUUUCUACAUAUACACUUUAUACUUAUAUUCAAUCAAGACAUUACAGAGCACCAGAAGUUAUUUUAGGAUUACCAUAUUCAUGUGCUAUUGAUGUCUGGAGUGCUGGAUGUAUAUGUGCUGAAUUAAUAUUAGGAAUUCCAUUAUUCCCCGGAAGUUCUGAAUAUAAUGAAUUAUAUAAAAUUACUGAUAUGUUAGGACAACCUCCAGAUUAUAUAUUAGAACAAGGUACUACAACACAAAAUUUUUAUAACAAAAUGCCAACAAUUGGUGGUCGAAUUAAAUAUAUUUUUAAACAACCAUUUGAAUAUGAAAUGGAAAAUGCAGUUGAACUUGAACCUGAUAAAAGGUAUUUUAGGUAUCGUACUUUAGAUGAACUGAUUAUGAGAAUUCCCAUGAAACUUUCAGAUAAUCCUUUGGAAGAUAAAGGCUCUAUUUCUGAAACUCGUCAGUCUAUGCUUCAUUUUAUUCAUGGGUUAUUACAAUAUGACCCAGAUUCAAGAUGGACAGCUAAACAAGCGUUAGACCAUCCUUUUAUAACUCAAGCUCCAUUCACAAAAAAUUGGCAACCAAAACCACGUAAAGUUAAACCAGUUAAACCAUCACUAAUAUCUGGAAUUGAAUUCCAAAAAAGAUGUUUCCCUGGAUUAAAAUUAAGUCAUCGUUUAAAUACUCAAGAAUAUUAUGACAUUUUUACAGCUUCAUUACAAAAAGGAGAAGUUGUCAAUAUUUCAUCUUCUAAUCCAUUCCAAUUAGGUCCAAUGACUCCUUCUUCAUUUAGAGAAGUUUAUGCAAUUAAAUCAAAAACAAGUCCAUCCCCUAUUAAUUCUGGAAGUUUUUCAAGAAGAUCUUGUUUGGUUAAAACACCAUGUCCAAAAACACCUAAUAUGCCUAGUUCUCCAUUUACUUCAUUUAUUAAUUCACCAAGAAGUAUGUACAUGUCUCCUUCUUUAAGAAUUAAUUCAAGAGGAGACUAUGACGAUGAUGUUUCUGCAAUGAGUUUCUGUAGAAGCAAAUUUGCAUCAGCUAUUCCAAUGAAACAGAAAACAAAAAUGGACUAUGGAGGAAUGUCUGUUAAUAUGGGCUUUUUACCUUCUACUGGUCAUGGUCAAGAAAAAGAGGUUGUUAAAGGGGUACCACCAGAAGCAAAUAUUCCAAUCAUACCUGUUCCUAUUAGAAGAAAUGAACCAGAACAAGAGAUUGGUACAACAGAGUAUGCCCCUGUGUUCAUAUUCGAUGAUCUGUAA